AUGGAGGCUCGAACACCGGUGGCUGCAGCAGCAAGGGGAAAAAUUUUUAAAGCUCCAAAACGUUGUGGACGAGGAGUCCCUGAAAUCACAAAUGCUUACAAAGACAAGAAAUGUUCUUGUCGCAGAGACAAGGCUAUCGUAUUUUGUCGAGUUUGUGGAUUUCAUUGUCACGGAAGGAUACGUUUAACAUGCGAACAACACCCUCGGGUAACAUUCUUGUUGGACUUGAGUGAAUGCCCUCGCUGUCAUACAUCAGCAUUCCUUGAUGAGUACAAAGUUUAA